AGCUCUUGGGAAGGAACCACUGCUUACUUCCCACACGCUGGGAUGACAAGUUGCCCGACUUUCCAUUUGUCUUCUUUCCUGGCAAGACCCCUACUCCUGUCUCUCCCCUUAUCUGGGCAAUUCCCCGGACCUGCCCACCUCCCACCCCCCCAUACCUCUCGGUACCCCGUUGCCGUGGACUGCUCCUGGACGCCGCUGGGGGCUCCCAACUCCACCAUGUCCUACAUUGCCACUUACAGGCUCGGUGUGGCCGCCCAGCAGCAGAGCCGGCUCUGCCUACAGCCGAACCCCCAGGCCACUCGGUGCACCAUCCCCCGCGUGCAACUGUUCUCCAUGGUGCCAUACUUGUUCAAUGUCACGGCGGUGCAGCCCGGCGGCGCCAGCAGCAGCCUCCUGGCCUUUGUGGCGGAGCGGAUCAGAUAUUUUAAUUGACUCACCAAGUCUGCUGAGUGCAUAGAACAGAAGACGUCUGAGGGAGUUUCAAGGCAGCUUACCCAGUCUGGUAGCAAUCGGAGAUGGGGAUCCAGAGAGAGGCCACCACCCACCAGCAGAGAAGAAGCCAAGGAGACUCGGCCGUGUACAGCUAAAGACUGAACCAAGGGGCCUUCAAGGGCAUAAGUGUCUUAUUAAUGAAUUUGUGCCAUAAACAGGCACCAAUUGUAAGACAAAUGGCUAAAUAUUCCUGGUGCUCAUUUUCUCCAAAGAGAUUUGUGGAUGAAUUCCCACUGAAGUUGGAACACCAGUUAAUUGUAAACUUGUAUCACAGUCAUCAUGUAUUCUCAUAGUGGGGACUAUCACAUAUCUCCCAAUUGUUCUGAGAGAGACAGAACUACAGUGCUUCUUUCCAUAUCCCUUAUGCUCACAUGGAUUGUAUCCAGAGUGACAGAUGACACACCUGGUAAAGGAAGAAACAAAUAAAGGGUUUCCACACUGCAUUCCCAUGGUCAAAUGUUUCUUGUGUGACACAGAUGUAGAAUAGAGAUUCACGUUUCUACAUCUCCAAGUCAGUCAAAGUCACUCAUAAAGCCAGCCAAACAGCGAAAAGCUCUUUACACCUUUAACUGCUGCUGAGAUCAUGUCCAGACUGUGAAUAAGUGGAGCACUAGGGGAACA